UAAAAAUUAAUUGUGCAAAAUAUUAUUAAAAUAAAAUUAAAAAUAUUUAAUUCGGGAAAAAUAAAAAAAAAAAAACUCUUAAUUUAUUUGAAUAAUAAUUAAAAAAAUAAAAUUAAUAAAUAAAUUUUGAAUUUAUCAGCAAUAAUAGCAUUGGAUUUGCGUAAUAACAAAAUGACCAUUUCAAUUAAAGAUAGAACAAUGGCAGUAUCACAAUUACCUACAUCACGUUUCAUGAUAAGUGAUAUACUAGCUAAUAAUAAUAAUAACAAUAAUAAUAAUAUUAAUAGCAAUAAUAAUAAUCAUACAGCAACUGGCGAUCAUAAUCCGCAUAUUAAUAAUUCACUAUACAACAAUAAUAAUAAUAGUCAUGAAGGAUCCAAAACAUCGUCACAAGCUGAAAUGAAAUUAACAAAACCAGAUAAUUUCAAUUGGAGUCGUAUAUCAUGUGAUGAUUCCGGUCAUAGUGAUGAUGAAGAUAAUGAUUCCUCAAAUAAUUUCGAUCAUCAUAGUGAGAAUAGCAAUGACCAAAAAGAAGAUGAUGAUGGUAAUAUACAAUUUGGUUCUGGUUUAACUAAGAAACAACGUAAAGCUCGUACAGCAUUUACUGAUCAUCAAUUACAAUCGCUAGAGAAAUCAUUUGAAAGACAAAAAUAUUUAAGUGUUCAAGAUCGUUUAGAGCUAGCAAAUCAAUUGAAUUUAAGUGAUACACAAGUGAAAACAUGGUAUCAAAAUCGAAGAACAAAAUGGAAACGUCAAACUGCUGUUGGUUUAGAAUUAUUAACAGAAGCAAGUAAUUAUGCAGCUUUUCAACGAUUAUAUGGUAAUCCACCAUAUAUUGGUGGUUGGCCAUAUCCAACACCAUCAGCAGCCGGUGUACCAUCACCAGUUGAUUUAUAUUAUAGACAGAUGGCAGCAGCAGCAGCAUUUCAAACACCAUUACCAUAUGGAUUAUAUUCAGCUGCAGCAGCAGCAACAGCACCAAAAGAAUAUCAUCGAUCACCAGGAUCAUUGAGUAGUGAAAUAAGUGCAAAUACAGCAACAACAUUAUCAGGUAGUGGUACACCUGGUACAUUUUUACCAUUGCCAACAACAAAUCCUUUAACAUCAUUAAGUAAUUUUUAUUCAAGUCAUCCAUCAAUAAAUUCUCCUGGUUCAGUAAUAUCAGCAUCUAGUGGUAGUCUUGUUGGUGGUACAUCAAAUCGUAAUCCAAAUGAAUUAAAUAAUAAUGGUCCAUCUAGUUUAUAUAAUAAUAGCAGUUUAACAGUAAACAGGCAACAACAACAACAAACACAUUCACAAACAACAAGCUAUCCAAUUGGAAGAUCGCCAAAUUUAAAUCCAGCUAGCAGUAGCCCACCUAUCAGUAAAUCGGAUACCUGUGAAACAUCAAGCGAAAGUGAUGAUGAAACAAUUAAUGUUUAAAAGCAUUCUUUAAAUUGAUAAUUUAAAAAUACAAAAAAAAAUGGAUAAAUUAAAUUAAUAAAAUAGUUUCUAAGUUAAUUAAACAAAAGAAAUAAGAUUGAAUAAUUGUAAUAAUUUCAAAAAUAAGAUAAAUAAGAAGUGUAUGUAAGCUAUUAUUUAAAUAUAUACAUAUUAUAUAUAUAUAUUCAUUUAUUAAAUGUUUACGUUUUUAUUAACAAAAAAUAUUUUAAUAAAACUCUUAACUGUGCUUUAAUUUAAUUAUAAAAUAAUUUUUUAUAUAUUAAAAAAAGGAAAGAAAAAAUC